GCAGGAAGUGGGCCUAUGGCUGCAGGAAGGAACAACACCACUGUGACAAGAUUCAUCCUCAUGGGAUUUUCGGAUCAUCCUCAAAUGAAGAUGGUCCUUUUCGUGUUAUUUCUGGGGAUCUACCUCCUGACCCUGGCCUGGAACCUGAGCCUCAUCGCCCUCAUCAGGAUGGACGCUCACCUGCACACGCCCAUGUACUUCUUCCUCAGCAAUCUGUCCUUCCUGGACAUCUGCUAUGUGUCUUCCACAGCCCCCAAGAUGCUCUCCACCAUCAUCACAAAGCGGAAAAGCAUUUCCUUCCUUGGCUGUGCCAUGCAGUACUUUGUCUUCUGUGGGAUGGGGCUGACCGAGUGCUUUCUCCUGGCAGCCAUGGCCUAUGACCGGUAUGUGGCCAUCUGCAACCCGCUGCUCUACACAGCCCUGGUAUCCCACACGCUUUGUUUGAAGAUGGUGGCUGGUGCCUAUGUAGGUGGCUUCCUUAGUUCUUUGAUUGAAACCUACUCUAUCUAUCAGCAUACUUUCUGUGGGCCCAACACGAUCAACCACUUCUUCUGUGACCUCCCCCCGGUUCUGGCUCUGUCCUGCUCUGAUACCUUCACCACCCAGGUGAUGACCUUCGCUGUGGGUGUUCUCGUGGGAGUGGCAUCUGUCUUUGUGGUCCUCAUCUCCUAUGGUUAUAUUGUUGUUGCGGUUCUGAAGAUCAGCUCAGCUAAAGGUAGGACCAAGGCCUUCAGCACCUGUGCCUCUCACCUGACCACCGUGACCCUCUUCUAUGGUUCUGGUUUCUUCAUGUAUAUGCGACCUAGUUCCAGCUACUCCCUAAAUCGGGACAAGGUAGUGUCUGUAUUUUAUGCUGUGGUGAUCCCCAUGGCGAAUCCCAUCAUAUACAGUUUUAGGAAUAAGGAGAUUAAAAAUGCCAUAAGAAAAGCUAUGAAAAGGAAUCAUAGGCUUUCUCACCCGCGUUCAUUUUUUCUGACCUUGGGCUAAUAUUUACAAUGAAGCCAUGGCCUGGGU